GACAAAUAUCGCCACUGAAAAAGUAACUCGUCCGAUCUAAGAUUUACUACCAUGUGUGUGGGAUCAGCAUCGAAUGCCGCUUCUACAUCGGAGCGUGAGCUGCUCCCGACCGUUGUUGUUCCGCGCCACUACCGGCUCUCUUUAGAGCCCGAUUUGACAUCGCACACAUUCCAAGGGACUGUCUCAAUCGACCUUGACGUUCAGCAAGAUACAGAAACUAUAACUCUUCAUGUGUGGGAUAUCGUGGUACAAAAAGCGGCUCUUUUACAGGAUUUGCAGACACUCUGCACCAACCCUACCGUCGCAUACGAUUCCUAUAAACAGACGGCUGAGCUUAAAUUUACCAAGCGAGUUAAUGCUGGAACGAAGGCUCGCGUUGAUAUUUCUUUCUCUGGCAACCUAAAUGACGAGUUGGUUGGCUUCUAUCGAUCUACCUAUCGAAGAAAGGAUGGAAGCCUUGGGGUUAUGGCCACAACCCAGAUGGAGGCUACCGGGGCUCGCAGGGCAUUCCCUUGUUUUGACGAGCCUUUGUUGAAGGCAACCUUUGACGUCACGCUUAUUGCAAGCAAGGGGCUUACCUGUUUAUCUAACAUGGACGUUGCUAGCGAGAGUGAAGUCAUCUCGUCCGUCAACAAUGAGGCUAAACAGAGUGUUUCCUUUAACACAACCCCGAUUAUGUCAACAUAUCUCAUCGCUUUCAUCGUUGGCGAACUCAACUACGUGGAAUCUAAUGAAUUCCGAGUUCCUGUCCGAGUCUAUAUGCCCCCAGAGUUCGACGUUAGCCUCGGCCAAUUUGCUGCCAGUUUAGGCGCGAAGACCGUCGCCUUCUAUGAAGAGAAAUUUGGCAUACAAUACCCUCUACCAAAGCUUGAUCAGAUUGCUCUCCUCGACUUUGCGCAGGGGGCUAUGGAGAACUGGGGCUUGCUCACUUAUAGAGCUGUCUAUCUCCUCUUUGAUGACAAAACUGCGAGUACCAGUAGCAAACAACUCGUUGCGUCGACUGUACAGCAUGAAAUCGCUCACCAAUGGUUCGGAAACCUCGUCACUAUGGACUGGUGGGAGGGCUUGUGGUUGAAGGAAGGGUUUGCGGACUGGGCUGCCUGGUAUGCCGGCGACCAUUUCUUCCCCGAGUGGAAGCUAUGGCCAUCUUCCAUCAUUGAAGGGUUGGAAAAUGCUAUGUCGGCUGACGCUAUGCGCAGCAGUCACCCUGUUGAGGUGCCUGUAAAGAGGGCCGAUGAAAUUAGUGAAAUUUUUGACCACAUCUCGUACGAGAAAGGUUGUGCAGUCGUCAAGAUGACAAGCAAUUAUGUUGGCGAGGAUAUCUUCUUCCAAGGCAUACGCCACUAUCUUCAGAAGUAUGCAUACGGAAAUACGAAAACCACCGAUUUGUGGACUACACUAAGCGAAGUGAGCGGUAAACCAGUCCACGAUAUUAUGAACGUCUGGACAACGGAGAUGGGAUAUCCAGUUGUUUCUGUUACUGAAGACUUUGAAUCGUCAAAGAUUCAUUUGAAGCAGAAUCGAUUCCUCCGUACUGGAGACGUAACAGAAGCUGAAGAUGCAAUUCUGUACCCGAUUCCUCUGGGGCUUCGGACAACAGACGCGAUUGACCGUGAGCUAGUUAUGACACAAAGAGAGAUGACGGUCGAGUUGCCAGAGGAUAAAUUCUUCAAGUUGAAUGCGAACCAAGGUUCCAUCUUCCGCACGCUUUACACACCAGAAAAGCUACGUCGUCUGGGCGAAGCUGCCGCAGCUGGCUUGCUCUCUAUUGAAGAUCGUGUUGGUCUAGUUACAGAUGCGAGCGAACUGUCAAUUGCUGGCCACCAUCCAACCUCUGCUGUCCUGGACUUGCUCAAAAUUAUGCGUUCCGAAACAGAUUACUUUGUAUUAGCAGCUAUGUCUAGGUUUCUAGGCAAGCUCUCUCUGGCUUGGAACGAUGCAGAGGCCGAUGUUAGGAAUGCCUUAUCUGCCUUUCAACGGGAUUUAUUCUCAGAAAAGGCUCACCGUAUUGGCUGGGAAAUCACAGAUAGCGACUCUCUUUUGGACCGUGAGCUCAAAACCCUUCUCUUUAGUGCAGCGGGCUCGGCAGGUGAUGAGGAAGUCAUUGCCGCUGCGCUGAAAAUCUAUUCCGAGCUUUUGAAUGGCAAAAUCAAGACCAUUCAACCAAAUCUUCGCAUCCCUGUGUACAGGUUGGCUUUGGAACAUGGAGGAGUUUUGGAGUUUGAAAAGUUUACUGAAAUUUGGACGACAACGACGAAUUCCGACGAGGUUCAGAGCUGUAAAAAGGCUCUUGGUGCUGUAAACGGUGACCUCCAGCAUCGAGCUAUUGAAUUCAUAAAGAGCGAUUCUGUGAGAAAGGGAGACUUACCAGCAGUGGUUGAGUACUUCACGUCCCAAGAAGCAUCUGUAUCUGUAACCAAGUUCGUCAUGGAAGAUUGGGAUUGGAUAGUUUCGAACUUUAUCCCUGGUCUCCCGCUACUACCGAAGAUUGUUGAGAAUAGCAUGCAGAGUCUCUCGACGGAGGGGCAGCUGAACGAAGUAACUGCCUUCUUUGAAGCUAAGAAGAACGAUGGAUACGUCAGCGCCCUGGCAAGGGCUAAGAACAGUAUACAAACCAAAGUUAACUGGCGCAAACGAGACGCUGUUGAUGUUGCGGGAUGGCUGAAGGCAAACAACUACCUGGAGUAAAAUAUUGGGGGAUGCUACAUUCCAGCUAUAGUAAAGGCCGUUUUGUUAGAAAUAUAGUAUGCUCGAAUUUUGCAACAAUUUAUUCUACCCAGUGCAUCUUUCUGACGGAUGCCGCCAGACUAGCCCGAGGCCAUCAAAGACUCGCCGUUCAGCCUCCAGCUCCGUUGUUGCACUGCCCAUAUCGCUUGACUCUACAUCUAUCCACAUACCCGUAGAUCUGGAACGGAUGCCACUGCUGUCAAACUUAUAGCCUUUUUCUUCCUUACAGUAUCGGCGCAAAUCGCGCUGAAACGUGGUCUCUCCGCUCCAACCCAGGACUGCACAUCCCACUGUCUUCCAGGGACUAAUGAUGAUGUCCACACGCCGGUGCAAUGAAUCAUCAUCACCUGGAUCCUUCCAUACGACCAAUGCUUUGUCAAGGGUGUCAAAACCGCUCCCCCAUUCGGCACCAUUCUGCUUCCAAGGAAGCGGCGCCUGCCCUCGCUCACUGUUUGUGUGCCAAAGGCUAAGGGUAUGCGUGAUAAAAUUAGACCGCUCGAGCGCAAUGACAACUUUAUCAAUGGCGUCAGUCGUUUUUGAUUCAUCUUUGUGGCUUAAAAUGACGUCGACGUCGUUGCUGUCAUCCCGGCCGCGUCGAUAACUGCCGACAAUAGUCAUUUGGAAACCAGCAUCUAGCGUGCGAGCAUGCCGCAGAAUCUCAUGUCCAAUCUUUUCAACUUCUGCCCUCGGAAUACGUUGCGCAAAUUCUGAAUAAUACUUGGUGCCUAUCUGCUGGACUCUACUAAGAGAGUUCCAGCCGUAUUCGAUAAUAUCAUCCAGAUCUCGCCA